AUGGGUAACUCCCAGACCAAGGAAUCACGAGCCGGCACGCCGCACCGUCAACAAUGGUCGUCUUCCGAUGCCUCCGGCAGUGGCCGGAUCGUCUAUCAGAACCCUCGAUCAGGAAGAAGCAGUCGGCCUGACUUGUCUAUCCUGGGAAUCGGCAGCAGUCAUAGAGAUGACCGUGACGUGGCCACACUAGAACAGCGGCGUGAAACGAAACAGGAGCGGGAGGCUCGCCGCCUGGAGAAGGAACGCGCCGCCCGUGUGAACGAACGGGAGCGCAGUAUGAAAGAGGAACAUGUGGAUGGAGGUUAUCUAGUCACUCAGGGUGUCUAUGUGGGAACGGAGGAUUUCAAUAAGGCGGUUGUUCGACAGCUGAUGAUUGAGCGACGACUGGCUCCCUUCUGGAGAGGUCUGAAUGACUUCUCCGAAUCAUGGGCGGAGCACCAAAUCACGGCUGCAGCCCGUGGCAUGCCUAUCCCCCCGCCCGAUGAGAUUCCCCCCGAGUUGGAGUACACACCACCCAAGGCCAGUGAUACAAAGGCGGCGGCCGAGGUGAACAUCCAGCAUCUCACGGUGCCCAUCACCUCCCGGUCGCAGUCUCUCAAUUCCGACGUGUCGCAAACCUCCAACCCCAGCCAGUCAUUACCUGCGGCGAUCGCGUCUGGUACAUCCACGUCGCCGUUCUUCCGCACCCGCGCCAAGACUCUCGCUGCCCUGACUACCUCUUCAAGGCAUGGUUCACAGACAGAUCUGACUCCUCGGGAACUGCAGCUUCCAAAGGAUCCAUUUGUCAACGGUCAACCCAUCGAAGUCUAUCUCUACAAGGAUGCGACCGAAUGCCCAAUCUGUUUCUUGUACUACCCUCCGUAUCUAAACCGGACUCGAUGCUGCGACCAGCCCAUUUGCUCCGAAUGCUUUGUCCAGAUCAAGCGCCCGGAUCCCCACCCUCCAGAGCACGAGCAGCCUGACCCUAAUGCUCCAGCUCCGGCCGAGGGCGAGCAACAACAAGCAGCUGAAUCGACCGACGGACAGUUAGUCUCAGAGCCUUCUGCUUGCCCGUUCUGUGUUCAGCCCGAGUUUGGAGUCACCUACGCCCCGCCAACUUUCCGCCGAGGCCUUACCUAUGCGGCCGACCCCAGCGCCCGUCUCUCACCCAACAUCAUCUCCCCUGUCUCAUCUACCUCCUCAUUGGUCUCCCCACAUGCUCUCCCCACGCCUGGUCGCCGUCGCGCUACGUCCUUGUCUGCGACCGACCCCAGCGUAGUCACGACGGACAAGGUUCGUCCGGAUUGGGCUCAGAAACUUGCCAAUGCCCGCGCACAUGCGGCGCGUCGCUCGGCCGCAGCGACUGCCUUGCACACUGCGGCAUAUUUGAUGAAUUCGAACACGUCCGGGAGUGAUUCCCGCGGGAUCGGUCUGAGUCGCAGAGGGCUGAGGAGAGCUACGCAGGGGGACGCCGGCCGGUCCGGAUCUCCCGCACUGAAUGCGCUCGCAUUUUUGACGGAACGACCUGAUCGCACGCCACCCCGUGUGUCUGCUCCGGACACGGACUCGGCGGAGGAAGGGCAAGCAAAUCUUGCACCGCCGCGAGACAGCUCACGGCGCAGUCGCGUCGACGACCUGGAAGAGAUGAUGAUGAUGGAGGCGAUUCGGUUGAGUUUGGCCAGUGAAGAGGACCGGAGGAGGAGAGAAGAGAAGGAAAUUCGAAAGGAAGCCAAGAGAAGGGAGAAGGAGAAGGAGAAGGAGGCUAAGAAGGCUGAUAAGGCGGCUCGCAAGACUGGGCUGUACAGCAACAAUGCCAGCACGUCGGCAUUAUCUACUCCCGUUGAGUGUGCCUUGGGCAAAGCUAGCAGCGCCUCUUCCAUUGUCGAGGAGGGACCGUCAGUGGGGAAGGGCAAGGCCGUUGAUCGUUCGUCCCCGUCGCCCGCCCUGGAAAAAUUCCCGGCAGCUCCAACGACCAUUUCCAAUGCGGCCGAUCAAUCAUUAGCCCCGCCUGAUGCGUCGGGAACUACGGAGCCGUCGAAACCGUCUCACCUCCGACAUGUGUCUAGUGCAUCGUCAUCAAUUUCGUCCAUUAUGGAAGCCAACGCUGGCGAACGUGGCAGCGGCCACGUGACAGCCGACGGAAGCAACCCUUCUCUUGAACCGCUGUUUAACUUUCGGAGUUUGGCGGCCAUGAUUGGUGAUGAGGAAAAGCGCUACCAGUCGGAACAUGUUGAGGACACCACGCAGCCGGUGGAGGGCUCCUCCAGUGCAACUCCCUCGGUUCACCAACCUUCGGCCGAUGCUGCCCGCAGCGAUAGCGACCCUGCUAAGACCGAGAUACCUCCCGCCACGAAGGCCCCCGUGGAAGCGCAAGAUAGCCCUGGUGGCAUCUCGCCCAAGGAGCUUGAGACUCGUUCAGUUGAGAUCACACAUGAGGCAAACACCGAGGCCACCUCGUGA